GAUGACGUCGCAGGAACGCCGGGCUCUGAUGGCUCCACCAAUCAGAGGACUGGAAGGGUAGUGGAGAUUGACAGGAGCGGUCAGACUGCAGCAGCCGGGACGGCGGGUGGAGGCUCUGCAGUGUUUCGGGGAGAUGGAGCCGGAGCAGCUGACAGCCCCGCAACAGGGCAAAUCGCAGCUAAAUGCCGCUGCUGAGGAUGUGCACCGGGAUGGGUCAGAGGCUGCAGAGGAUGUGGAACCACUAAAUGAGGAACAAGAGAUAUCAAUAGAGGAACAAAAACAGAAGGCCAGAGAUGGUGAUGCAACGGCACAGACUGAGGUUGGUAAAUAUUAUCUGAAGCUAGCUGAUGAAGAGGAUGAAGAAUUGAAUAACUGUACAGCAGUGGAGUGGUUGAUCCAAGCUGCCAAACAGGGCAAAAAAGAAGCAGUAAAACUCCUGAGAAGUUGUCUCGCAGAAAGGAAAGGCAUCACUUCCGAAAAUGAGCAAGAGGUGAAACAGCUCACAAGUGAAAGUGAGUUUGAGCGGGUUGUGCGGAAGGCUACUUUAGUUAUGUACUGGAAGCUUAAUCCAAAGCGAAAGAAACAGGUUGCUGUUUCUGAACUCCUGGAAAAUGUCAGCCAGAUCAAUGCUGAAGAGACCAAGGUUGAACCAGGCCCUGUUCCAAAAGUGCUGCAAAAAGAAAGACGAGUGCUUGAACGACUGGUCAGCGUUCAAAAUAACAGGGACAUGAAGGUAGAAGAUUUUGUUGACAUGACGAAGAAAUAUGCCAAGGGCAUUAUCCCAUCUAACUUGUUAACCCAGGGAGAGGACGACAGUAUUGAAGGGAAACCACCUGAAGACAUGCCUUUGCGACAGAAGAUUCUGAAAUACCCACUUCAUGCCUUAAUGGAAAUAAAGGAACAUCUAAUUGAAAUAGCCUCUAAAGCUGGAAUGCAUUGGCUGCAGACAAUUAUCCCACUCCACCAUGUAAAUGCCCUCAUCUUUUUUUUCAUAAUCAGCAACUUGACAAUUGAUUUUUUUGCAUUCAUCAUCCCUCUAGUUAUCUUUUACCUUUCCUUCAUUUCCAUGGUGAUCUGCACUUUGAAAGUCUUUCAGGACAGUAAAGCAUGGGACAGUUUCAGGACAAUGACUGACUUGCUGCUCCGUUUUGAGCCAGAUCUAGAUGUAGAACAGGCUGAGGUGAACUUUAGUUGGAGUCACUUGGAACCACAUAUACACUUCAUGCUCUCUGUGUUCUUUGUGAUUCUUUCCUUUCCUGUAGCAGACAAAAAUUGGAUUCCUUGUUCAGAGCUGUCAAUCAUUGCAAUUUUCUUCUUGAUAACAUCUUAUAUGAGCCUGAGUACGUGUGCAGAACCAUUCACACGAUGGGCUCUCAUUACAGAAAUUACAUGGUCAGCGUUGGGAUUCUUUCGAUCUCUUCCUGAUAGCUGGUAUUACCUGAGGGUCCUUGGGGAAGAUAUUGCAUCCAUCUCGAUUGGUAAAAACUUUGUGUUGAAUAUUGGCCUUCCCUGUCUCUUGUACUGUUUCUUGUUCUACUUGUUCUUCAGAAUGGCACAUCUGAGGAACUUUAAAGGUACUUACUGCUACUUGAUUCCUUACCUUGUCUGCUUUAUGUGGUGUGAACUAGCAGUAACCCUUCUGAAGAUAUCCACAGGAAUAGGUCUUAUACGGGCAUCAGUUGGCUAUUUCCUGUUUCUCUUUGCCCUGCCUAUCCUCCUGAUAGGUAUUGCAUUAAUGUUUGUGAUCCAGGUAAUAAAAUGGUUUAUUUCCAUGGAAUUGAUCAAGAUAAUAGUCACCAUUAUUUUGUGCAUUAUUCCAGUUGUCCUCCACAUGUGGACAAAAUCAACUAGCACCUUAUUGGGACUAGUGAAGUCCUUGACAAGGAGCUCAAUCGUCAAGCUCAUCCUGGUUUGGCUCACCGCUAUAAUGAUGUUCUGCUGGGUAUAUGUAUACAGGUCAGAGGGAAUGAAGGUGUAUAAUUCCACCUUGACUUGGCAGCAGUACAGCUUUGUUUGUGGGCCCAGGGCCUGGAAAGAGACUAACAUGGCCAGGGUUCAGAUGCUUUGUGGCCACCUUGAGGGACACAGAGUCACGUGGACUGGGAGGUUCAAGUACGUUCGUGUUGUAGAGAUUGACAACAGUGCAGAGUCUGCGAUAAAUAUGCUUCCGUACUUCUUAAGUGAUUGGAUGAGAUGCUUGUAUGGUGAACCUUAUCCUGAAUGUGAUCCCAAAAAUGUGUCAGUGGUAGAGGAUGAUCUUUGUCGGCUCAAAUUCCUCACCAAGCACACUUGCCAUCUUAAAAGAUUUUGUCGUUAUAAGUUUGAAAUAACUGUUGGCAUGCCAUAUAAUUCAAAUGGAAAUGAGGCACCUGAAGAUGAUGCAACUAAAGACAUUGUACUUAGAGCUAGUAAUGAGUUCAAGAGUGUUCUGCUGAACUUGGUGCAAGGAAGUGUAGUGGAAUUCAGUACCAUUUUGGAGGGCAAGUUGGGUAGUAAAUGGCCAGUCUUUGAACUGAAAGCCAUCAGAUGUCUUAACUGCAUGUCAAAGUUAAUACCAGCAACAGCAAGGCAGGUUAAAAUUGAACAUGACUGGAGAGGCACAGUGAAGCAAGCUUUCAAAUUUGCUUUCAAUUUUUUCUUCGAGCCAGCCUUGUGUGCUCUAUAAACCUAUGUUUUGCUUUUCAAUCUAUUCUUGCUGGAUAAACCCCUGAAUUUUGUCUCUUUAAGAGGUACGCUGCAGCAUAUUUGUGUAACAAACCUGGACCUCAAUCCAUUGAUAUAAUGCUGUGCAAAAGGCAAUAAAAUGCACAUUGCCCAGUUCAAUUUUAAUGUUACCUGGACCAAACCAUUCUGGUUGCGUAUGAAAGGAAGGAAGAAAGAAAGAAUUACCAGUUGUUUUCUGGGCUGCAAUACCUAGGGUACAUGCUUUAUUUGAUCUUAAAUGGCUGUGCAGAUACCAGCUACUCUUUCAGUCUGAUCUACUUUUGCUAAAUAAAUAGGAAAUGGUUGUGGAUGAUUUUGCACAAGGUACUUGAAACUGUUAACCAAUUAGGCAACCUUAAAGUAGGUCUGUUUAACCUGAUCAUUAUGCAUAGAAGAGUCAGUAAACACAAGCUUAAUGCUAAAUGGUGAAUCAUGUACUUGAUGUGUAUGCUGUAGUACCAUGGAUUACUCGACUGAAGUGUACAUCUGUAGCCAUACUUAGUAGAAAAAAAUAAUGUAAAUAAGAGGUCUCAGUAAAAUGACAUUUUAGGCUUGCUCAGGUUUUGCCUUUGCAUGAAAGGUUUGAAUUUAAGCAUUAUCACCUGAUUUUAAAAUGCAAAGGAAGACAACAAUCACAUUAAAAAAAAUAAAUUCACCUUGUCCAUGCAGUUUUCAUUCAAUGAUCAUGCUUUGCAUCACUUCCAGUAAUUUAGAUCUGAAACUGUAUUUGCGUGCUACUGAGAGAUCACUGGAUUCUUUAAAGGAUACAUAAAUUUGCAAUUUCUUUUAAUCUCUGGUAUACUUUAUUUCUAGUUAAAGAGCUAAAAUAAUAUGGUCAAUCCGUGGCAUUGCAUCACGUGAGAUGCUCAGCAGUCACAAAUUUAUUUUUCAGAAUUAUUUAGAUAGAACAUAUAAAACUUGAAUACCAUAAAUCUAAUUCCAUCACUGUCAGGAUACGAAGAUUAAGUUCUGUUUUUAAAGAUAAGUUUAAAUGAGCUGGGAUAUAGUCCGCUUCCCUCCUUUUAGCUUCUCCCCAUAACUCCACCUAGCAAAAUCCCCCAAACACAUGCACUACUUGUGUGAUGGUGUAACACAGGGUAGGAUAAUGAUCUUAUAGCAUACCUGUUGUUGAGCCUUUAACCAAUAUAUGGAAAGCUAUAGUACUCUCAAAUUCCUUUAUGGUUCACUGUAAUAUUCUCUCAGUAUCAGCAACAUUGGCUCAAACUUGUUAGGUUUAUUUUGGUAGCAUAAGGCAGUGUAAAAUAUUGUAAGUGAUGGUGAUGACCAACAAAGGAAUAGGUAUCCAUUGACAAGAAAUUGGUUUAUUCUUGAUAUAGCAAUUUAAUUCUCUAAUGGCUGAGAAGUUUGGGCCUUUUAUAAUGGAUGGCUUAUUAAAUUGAUGGUCUUUUUUUAAAAAAAAAUGUCAGUUUACUCCCAGCUUGAGUUUGUGGAAUUCUUAAUUGUGGGUAUUUUAAUCACCUUCGAUCACAAAGAGAAACUUCAUAUCAGACUUCUGGGUUCAUGAAACCUUGCCUUAUUUGCUUCUGACCAAAUAGUAUAAUGUGGUGCAAAAAGAUGCUACCUCUUGACAACACUAAGUAUUGCAUAACCAUGUCAACUAGUAUGAGGAGUUGGUAAGUUGGUUUCCAAAGAUCACAAUUUUGACUUUAAACAUUUUUAAAAUGUUCACAUAAAAGAUAAAAUGAAAUAAGUUUGGAAAAAACAGACAGGAAUGGGUCAUUAAACCAUUUGAUCCUGUAUAGUUUCUAAAUAUAAAACCAAAAAUCAAAGGACAGCUUUAACUUUUCAUUACAGAUGGAGCAUUGCUUUGAGUGUGACUUACUUAACCAGCAAUUUUUACAACUAGUUUUUGAAAACCCUACUGUGUGAUAAGAGGGGAAGCAUGGAAGAUAAACUAGAAUGGGUUAGGAAGUUGUGGGCAUGCUAUGUUGGCACCGGAAGUGUGGUGACAUUUGUGGGCUACCCCCAGAACACUACACAAAAGAUGCAUUUCACUGUUUGUCUCAAUGUACAUGUGACUAAUAAAGAUAUCUUAACUACUCCAACAGUCUGCUUGGUGGUUUGGUCAUACACUUCUGGUUCUAGAAGUGGUCAUAAGUAAUAGGGUUAGCAAUAAAAUGAAAUGGAAUGGUAUUGUACAAGCACUUGUACAUUGAUGCAUUCAGUAUGAUAUGAUCAAUCACAAAUCUCAUCUUUGUUUCAGGGCGAUGUGAAAUGUUGAGACUAACUCACAAAAUGACAAACUUGAAGUAAAUAUAAAUCUUCCCCCCCACCACCAUUACUACCACCCCCCCCCAGCCAAGUAAAUGGUACUUUUAAUGCAUUUCUGUACUGCAAAUUCCAAAUCAACAAAAGACUAUUUUGUGAAUGGUGUUGGCAUUUUUUUUUGAGGAAGAUUAUCCUAUACCAUUAGUAAUGUUUUGAAUAAUUCAUAGUUAAAAGCUAAAUGCAUACAUUGUUUCCCAACAAAUGGUAUAAAUCAUGACUGAAUAGUUUAAUAUGUUUCUUCAUCUAAUCAGUUGAAUGUUUUACCAGGAAUUGAAUUUGGUUAAUAGUUCUUUCUUUUACAAAAAGUCACAAGUUGUUCAUUGAGUAAUCAGUUUCUACUUUGAAAUGCCUGACUGUGACCCUUCACUGUGGUUCUAUAACCCCUUAAGUAUUUGGGGGUUUAACCAGGCUCAAUAAGCAGAUGGUGCACUUUGAGUAAAAUUUUGAAGUGUACAUUCUGUUUAGUAAAGAAGCUCACUGGGAUCCUGAGAAAUAAAACCUGGUGCCAAUAGAGCUAUUAUUGAACCAAAAUAUUUUUAACUUACAUGAGCCUUACAGGAACAACUUGUUUGUUGAUGGUUAUUUUUGUAAAUAAUGUUCAUUUAAAAAUUUACCUUAUUGUGACAGUUCAUGAUUAUAUCAGUUUGUGUAACAUCUGUACAAAAACUGUAUUGAUGCUAUUACCCAAUAAUCUAACUUCUUUUACUCCAUUCUUAAAUAAAAGGUACUUAUUGA